CCCGUUAGUCUCUACCACGUGACAACACCCGGAACUAAACUCGAAUCUCAACUAGCUAUUUUUAUUUCUAUCUAUUUAUUUAUUUAUUUAUUUAUUUGUUUGUUUAUUUUUAGAAAUCAGACCUGCCACACUAAUGAUUUAAUUACCAAAAAUGUAUUUUCAGUGACGGCAUCAAAUGAGUUAUUUCGUCACUCUAACAUUUUUUUAACGCGAGUCCCCGAGCACUAUUAUGUGGGCAGAAGGAGCGCAGGUGAGGUAACUGGACUAUGCCCACCUGCACAAGCUGCUUAGGGGCCUGCGGCCCUCACCGCUGCGAGUAACGCUAAUACUCCGAAAGGUGCUUUUAAAACGCAGACUGUAAAACUCGCUAGCUAGCUACAGCGGCUAAGGCUUUAGCUGCACGUCGCUCGGCUGCGUUUAAAGAGCUGCAGGCCUCGCAGCACUGCGCCGUUUGCUGUGGAGGGUACCAUGCCUAAUCUGUCCACGUCCGAGGUUGCAGACUGUCAAACACGCUUUCAGGCUGCGGUGGAUGUGAUUCACAACCUUCCCAAAAACGGUUCCUACAGGCCUUCGUAUGAAGUAAUGCUCCGGUUUUAUGGCCUAUACAAACAGGCUGUGUGCGGUCCUUGUAAAGCGUCGCGUCCGGGCUUCUGGGACCCCGUUGGCCGCUACAAGUGGGACGCUUGGCAUGGGCUUGGAGACAUGAGCUGUGAGAGUGCCAUGGCUGCUUAUGUUAAUGAGAUGAAGAAAGUCGCACAAGAGGUUAUAGACAGUAUGCCUGUUAAUGAGAAGAUGGCCUCCUUUUACCACUAUUUUGAGCCACUCUACCAUGUCAUUCAUGAUAUGCCCAGACCACCAGAGGAACUACUGAGUCUAAUACCAGAUGUAAACGCUAAUGAACAGACCGCUAGUCCACCUGAGGAAGUGCCUGAUGCUCCACAUGAAGAGGCGGAUCAGGAAGGAGAGCGAGAGCCUGUCCCUAACGGUGACCCUCUGAGAGAGGGCGCAGAUUGGGCCCUGGAAGGCCAGGUACUGACCAACGACUCUGAGAGUGAAAUCUUCUGUGACUCAGUGGAGCAGCUGGACAGCAUUAAGGUCACCCAGAUGGGGGCUGGACAAGGUGGAGAAGGGGCCGGGGAUGUGCGUGUCCCCCCAUUGAGGAGGCGAGACCCAGGAAGAGGGGGGACGAGGCACGGAUCGAGAGAGCGUCUCGGAAGUACACCUCAUCGUAGUGGCGAGCGAGAAGGGCAGCCAGCCUCGGGCGCAGGGGGAGGAGCCGGCUCCGACAGAGGGGCUGAAAAGCUUCAGGACACUCAGGUGCAGCAGCAGAUAGUUCUGGCCCUACGGAGGCUCAGAGUGGACAUGCAGAGCGUCAUGGAGCGACUGGAGGUGGUCGAGGGCCUGGCUGCAGCUCAUGCUCAGUGUUUGCAGUGGAGAUCUCAUAUGCAAUUAACAGCUCCACAGAGUGAGGUGGAGAAACGGUGGCCGUUUGAUGUUUCUGGCCGAACACUGCUGCUACUCCUGGUCUGGCCUUUCGUCGCACACGGAGUGGUCUCCUUGCUUAGACGGCGGAGGGAAAAGCACGUCCACGUUUCUGCCAUGUGAAUCUGCCUCAGACGAGCUACUGAAUGAUCAAAUUAGUAUUUGUGAACGCGAAUGUAGGAAGGGAGUCGCCGUGGAGCUCUCUGCCUUCAUCUAGUGUAAAGAUAGGCUAAUGCAAAUCUCAACUUACUCUCAGAAGGAAAAGCAAAUGAUAGCUGGCUGCUGCAGGAACAGUGUUGGUUCAUUUCAGAAUUAUAUGUACAUUCUGUUUAUCCAAAGCUUGGAUAUAUAAAUGUAUAUAGCAACAGUCAUCAUA